AUGGGUAAAGUGACCUACCACGAUGGCAUCGCCAUCCUCCAACUCAUCAUCUUCCCGGUGCUACUGGUUAUAGCAAUGCGUAUCUGGCACAGAAUUGGUUGGAGAGAGGGCGGAAGGAGCUGGCGAUUCGUCGUCACACUCUCUCUGCUACGAAUAGCUGGGGGCAUCUGUGCUUUGUUGACAAUCAACAAUAGCUCCAAUGAGAGAAUUUUCAUUGCGGAGGCGGUAUGCGAGCUAAUUGGUAUUGCACCUUUGAUUCUGACCUACGUCGGACUCCUUGGGCAAAUUGAUACGGAACAGAAAUUGAACCCCCGACUUCUAAGACUGACCACCAUAGCUGGUUUCGUUGGUCUCAUUAUCGGCAUUGCCGGCGUCAGCAUCAUCGAUACCAAUAAACCUUUCAAACCGAACAUCGAGAUGAAGGCCGCCAUAGCCAUCUUCCUCGCCUUAUUUGUCGUGAUGAUCUUCUUGACGCUUAUACUUGCGAUGCAACUUGGGAACGCGAUGCAUAAGUGGCAGAAGAAGCUGUUCAUGGCCAUUGUUCUUGGUUGGCCUUUUCUGCUCGUGCGACUGGUAUACUCCGCAGUGGCCGAUUUCAGCGACGACCAGAGAUUCUCUAUUGUGAACGGCGACGAUACUAUCUAUCUCUGUAUGGAUGUUCUAGAGGAGAUUGUGGCAAUGGCUAUCUGUGUGGCGUUUGGUUGGUCGGCUUUGAAGGAGAAAGAACACAAAGAGAUUGCUAAGGGCCCAAGUGCAGAAUGGCUAGCUUUGGAGCCCACGUUGCCUCCACAGCCUGCUCGACCAAUUGAGGAACUCCAAAAGUGGACUAAUGGCGUGCGUGAAAGUGCCGCAACCCAGGCUAUGAUCAAUGAAGAUCUUGUCUCUCGAGUUCAGAUUCGAGAUUAUAGUAUCAUUGCUCGCGACGGUGAAACUCUCGAGGCACGAACUUACCGCCCUGCGCGCUUGCCUCCAUCGCAGCCCCUUCCCAUAUACGUACAUUUUCAUGGUGGAGGCUUUCUUUUCGGGACUCUCGCUUCCGAAGAUGCCACCUGCUCUCGUCUCGUAACUGCUUUAACCGAACGAGAUACUCCCAUCAUUGUAUUUAAUGUGAACUAUCGGCAUACACCAGAGUGGCAUUUUCCGACUGCCUGGAACGACACGGAAGAUGCUUUUAUUUGGGUUCAUGAGCAUAUCACACAGAUUGGUGGACUCGGUGACCAAGUCUUUGUGGGCGGCAUAUCGGCGGGAGCUCAAUUAGCUGCAAGUUUGUGCCUUGCACAUAGCAGUAACGGCGCCAACAAAGCCUUGACUGCCUGUCCAAGCAUCCAGGGUCAGGUCCUGAUGAUUCCCUGGCUUGUCCAAUUAGAUCAUUAUGCCCCUCGACAGGAGAUGUUGCGUACGCCCGAGGUUUCGAGCUUAGUACAGUGCGCUAAUGCGCCGGUCCUACCGAUUGAACGCAUUAAAUUGUUCGCGUCACUGCUUGGUUGUGAUGAGGUUCGUGCUGCAGGCAACGAUCUCAGAUUGAAUCCAGGAAAUGCAACAAAGAAGGAUGUAGCCAAUUUGCCUCCCACAACUUUCGGUAUUGCUGGGUACGAUCCGCUAAGGGACGAGGGCCUAUUUUAUGCAAAACUCCUCAACGAAAAUGGUGUGCCGACUAAUGUCAACGUCUUUCGUGGUCUUCCUCACGGAUUUUCACUGUUCGGGAGUAAAUUAUCGGCAAGUCGGAGAUGGGACCUGGUAAUGGCCGACGGCAUUACCUGGGCAAUGAACAAUCCAUUUGUUAAACCUUUUGAAGUGAAGUCUGAUUAG